CGGCCGGCGCGCACGGUCAUUAUCUGCCCAGCGUCGGUGAUGCAUCACACAUCUCAUCCGGCAGCUCAGGGCUUGGGAGCAUUUUGAGAAGAUACAGGUGCUGGCAAGUGAAAACAUCAUGGAUGAUAUGAAUGAACUCCUUGUAGACUUGGACUUGUCGGAUGUCAUGUUGGAAUCGCCGGAAGCAUCUAUAAAUUUCACACCAUUUAUAAACCAGGACCUUGGUGAUGAACAACCUUUAUCCCAUGAACAAUGGGCUGGUUUGCUUGUCCACGCGCACGAACAAGUGAAUGGCCCCAGUGUAGCAGUCCUUGAUGUACAGCAGACAGAGAUUCAAGUGCACAGAUCACUCCCACUGGAGGACAGGUACAAAGAGGCUACUGAGGGUGAAGGAAAAGCACUAGCUCACCAAACCCCCGAAGAGCACAAGAUAUUGCAAUGUCUACGUUGUAGCAAAUGCCAUGAAAUGCCCAAGGGUAACCUAGUGUACAUCACUGCCAAGAAGGUCGAGAAUGCCAGGUAUCAACUAGAGGGUCAAGCUCACUUCUGCUCUGAGGAAUGUGCUUUGCUGGGGAUGCAUUCAGAUGAGAACGUCGUCAAACUUUGUCUCUUACAGGAGGGCUGUCCAAAACCUUGCUGCGUUUGCCUUGAUGAAGAUUGUAUCUGGAUGCCACUGACGUCAUGCUCUCGCUGCGGCCAUUACAUCUGUGCACCCUGCUGUGUCAUUUACACCCGUCAGCAGGAUUGGCGCUGUGUGGUGCGUUGUGAAAGAACAACCCGCCACACGCUGAUGCUUCCAGAAUCCCUCAUCGGACCCAAGAUGAAGAUGAAGGUCCACACUUUUGAUGAUACUGUUUGUGUGGAGAGCGAAAGCAGUGAUGAGUUGCCUCUGGAACUGGAAGGUGAUAUCUGGCCAGGGUUUGAUGAAAUUCCCCUUACACCUCCUCCGUCGGCUGAGGAACAGUUCAGACAGCACAGACAGAACGAGUUGGAGAGGGAAAAUCAGAUGUUGGAAUUCCACAACUCUCUCACGGACCUCUCCUAUGAGAACACUGGGAUAAGUGGACCAGGAAACAUGAAUGAAGACUCCACCCUGGAAGAGUUUUUGGGUGACCGUGAGCAUGAAACGGCAACACCAACAAACCCUGCAGAUGAAACCAGCCUGAUGGUGGAAGAAAGUCAUGAUAGUGACGAUGACUCUUUUGAAGAGUCCCAAGGUGAAGAAGAAGAAGACAUUAGUGUGCAGAUGGAAGGUCCUGGCAACAAGGAUCGCAUCACUGCUCACGAUGAAGGAUAUGAUGCAGAUGAUGAAGGAAGCUGUAGUUAAGUUCUUCACCUGUACUAUACAGUACUGAUAACUCUGUAAAGGGACAUUUGGGGUUUAUCACUUCCAAGUGCAGGGUCGGAGUUCACAUCCUUUAAUGGGAAUAUAUUGUGUCCUUAGGCAAGUCACUUUACCUUCGCUUGCCCUUCCCACCGAGGAGUACUAAAUGGGUACCUAUGAGGGCAGAGAGGUUUAUUUGUGGUUGAUCAACCUGAUGGCCCCUGAAAGGGGUCUUCGUGUAAGGAAACUGUAUACAUGAACACAUGUAUGUCAUGUUGUUAGAAAAUAGGAGGCACAUACUUGCAUCGUGAAUGUCAUAUCAAAGCUGCUUAAAAGAAUGAGCCUCUUUGUUUGUAUUUAUAUAUAUAUAUAUAUCUCUUGAAUAUGCAAAUUGAAAUAAAUGUUGUUGCCAAGCAACUACCGUUUUAUUUUGAAACAUGAAUUAUGAAUGACAAAUCAAUAGGCCUGUAUUUUGGAGGAUUUGAAUGCCAAGUUUGCAUUUAUACAUUUUAAACAUUCAUUUUUUUAUGGCAGAAAUGCCUAGAUUUCCCAACGUUGGGGUUUUAUCCUAAAUGUGCUAUUUUUAUGGGGGAGGGGGGAAUACAUAUAUCUGCGAUCAUGUUUGCUCUACUAAAAUUGUUUUGUGUAAUCAGUGACCAGGUUUAAUGCAGACUUACCAUUUCCGUGUUGAGAACUACAUUCCAUUAUUAAAGAUGACUUCAAGUUUUUCCCUAGCCAAACAAGUUUUCAAGAUAAAGGCUCCUUGGUUUCAAUUUCGUUUCGAUGCUAAUUUUGUAAUGUCAUUUGGAUCUGUCCAAUAUGCUUAUUGUACAUAUGUGUGUAGGCCACUUUUUUGCAUCUUCAUCUUGCUUUUGGAUUAAAAGGGAAAUGAUGCAAUUUA